UGCAAUAUUAACCCUCUUGAAGUCAAGACCACCUUCAUUAAAGCAAUGUCGUCCAACGGUCAACAAACGCCGGAUCUGGCAUCAAUUCUCAAGACUCUAGCCGAUCUCAAUUCUCAAAAUCAGCAGCAGCAGCAGCAAUCUCAGCCUCAGCCUCAACCUCAAUCGCAAUCUGCCGUGAAAACUCAAGUCCAACCAUCUCAUGCAUAUCAGCAAGCAUGGCAGCAACAGCUAGAUAUAGCCUCUCAGGGUCCUAAGCCUUCGGCCCCUGUCAAUGCUCUACCAAAUGUUAUUGAACCUGCUUCUAUUAUCGAGUGGUCCGCUGGACUGCGGUGUGUCAUGAAGACGGUUGCUAAGCAUGACACUAUCAUCAAUGAGAUCCGGCGAAUGAUCAAAGUUCAGCAUGAGCAUGAAGAGCAAUGGUUCAAUGGUCGGAAGGCUCUGAUCGAAAAACAGAAGGGUCGAGAGGAAGGUCAGAAGAAAUUAGAUGAGGUCUUAAAGGCUGUUGGCGGGGCUAUCUCGACUGCACCUUCCAACAACACCCCAGAGGAAGAAGCAAAAGAACUUCAAACUUUCGACAUGAAGGUCCACAGGGCGCAGAUGCAAAUGGUGAGAGAAAUGAGCACCAGGCUCAGAGGCUUUGGUGUGCCUUUUUUCGGAACGAAAGGGGACCUAGUGAAACCAGCUAGGAAAGAAGUUGAGAGCGGACCAGGCAAAGACGAGAGUGAGAUGAUCGAUGAAGCUGAGUUGGUGAAGCUGCAGCGGAAGAUGUUGGCCUUCUUGGAGGAUCUCUGCAGUGAGUAA